AUGUCCAUUCUUAUAUUACCGGGGCCGCAAGCUCUUUCUGCCUUUCGUGUGGAAAACUUGGUCAAAGGGAUCGAGACACACUGCAACAGCUCUUCAGUGAUUUCAGAAGUGCGUUCGUGCUACGUCCACUACGUUGACAUUGAAGGCGAAGAACCUUUGUCAGACAAGGAACAGCAGCUUUUGGAGGUGCUUUUAACGUACGACCAGGCUUUGGAUAGUCAAGAUUCUUACGCACAGCAACUGAAAGCAGGUGUGACUUCUGAGAGCGAGAAGCAAGGCCCGGACACGUACUUGGUUAAAAUUCUCCCCAGACCCGGAACGAUCUCCCCAUGGUCUUCAAAAGCCACGAAUAUUGCUCGUGUGUGCGGCUUAGAAUCCAAGAUCGGGCGAAUUGAGCGUGGAUUGGCCCUUCUUAUCAAGACCGUUCCUGGUUUCCCACUUGUGGAGAAUCUCAACGAUAUCUCUCUCAAAUCUUGUUACGACAGAAUGACGCAGCAGCUUUUUUUGACCGAAAGUCCUAAACUAGAAGCUAUUUUUUCUCAUGAAUCUCCUAAGCCUUUGGCUCAUGUUCCACUGGUUUCCGAUAAAUCUGCUUCUCCAAAAGAUACUUUAGAAAAAGCCAACAAAAAUCUUGGACUAGCGCUAGACAAGGGCGAGAUAGAAUACUUAAUCGGCGCUUUUGUCAACACACUUCAGAGAGAUCCUUCCGAUGUAGAACUUUUCAUGUUUGCACAGGUCAAUUCGGAGCAUUGUCGCCACAAGAUUUUUAACGCUGACUGGACCAUUGAUGGCCUUCAGAAGCAGCUAACUCUCUUCAAAAUGAUCAGAAAUACGCACGCGCAUGUUCCAGACUACACAAUCAGUGCUUAUUCUGACAAUUCUGCAGUCCUAGACACGGGCAAUGAUUCGUACUACUUUGCUCCUGACUAUAAGACCAAGGAGUGGAAAGCAAUCAAGGAAAAUGUGCCAAUGUUAGUGAAAGUUGAGACGCACAAUCACCCAACUGCCGUCUCGCCUUUCCCAGGUGCGGCCACUGGCUCAGGUGGUGAAAUCAGAGAUGAAGGCGCCACUGGUAGAGGCUCUAAAUCCAAGUGUGGUUUGAGCGGUUUUGCAGUUAGUGAUCUUCUAAUUCCCGGUUUCAAGCAACCGUGGGAACUAGAUGUCGGCAAGCCAAACCACAUUGCCUCCGCUUUGGACAUUAUGGUAGAGGCGCCAUUGGGUUCUGCUGCAUUUAACAAUGAGUUUGGUAGACCAUGUAUUAACGGCUAUUUCAGAACAUUGACUACCAAGGUCAAAAAUGCAGACCACAAAGACGAAGUCAGAGGAUUUCAUAAACCAGUUAUGAUGGCUGGUGGAUUUGGUGCCGUCAGACCACAGUUUGCUUUGAAAAACAAGCCAAUUACUCCAGGUUCCAGCUUAAUUGUUCUAGGCGGUGAGUCCAUGCUUAUCGGUCUAGGUGGUGGUGCCGCAUCUUCUAUAAACUCAGGUGAAGGUUCUGCUGCUCUAGAUUUUGCCUCGGUCCAAAGAGGAAAUCCUGAAAUGGAGCGCCGUUGUCAACAAGUAAUUGAUGCCUGUGUCUCCCUAGAUUCUGGUAACCCAAUUCAAUCGAUCCAUGAUGUUGGUGCCGGUGGGUUGUCUAACGCCUUGCCAGAGCUAGUUCAUGAUAAUGAUCUUGGUGCUAAGUUCGACAUCAGAAAGGUGCUAUCGUUGGAACCAGGUAUGUCACCUGUUGAAAUAUGGUGUAACGAAUCGCAAGAGCGUUAUGUUCUCGGUGUUUCUCAACAAAACGUGUCCUUAUUUGAAGAGAUCUGCAAGAGAGAAAGAGCGCCAUAUGCCAUAGUGGGACAUGCCACUGCGGAGCAGAGAUUGAUUGUCGAGGAUCCACUGCUGAAGAGCACUCCUAUCGAUUUAGAGAUGUCUAUUCUGUUUGGAAAGCCUCCAAAAAUGACAAGAGAAGCCAUCACACAACCCUUAAGCUUACCUCCAGCUGAUUUGACCACUAUCCCAUCUCUUGAGGAUGCUGUUCAGAGAGUUUUGUCCCUGCCAACAGUUGGUUCUAAAUCAUUCUUAAUUACUAUUGGUGACAGAACCGUAACCGGACUCAUCGACAGAGAUCAGUUUGUGGGGCCAUGGCAAGUACCUGUCGCUGAUGUUGGUGUAACAGGUACCGCGCUUGGUGAUGGUAUUUGUAGAACUGGAGAAGCCUUGGCAAUGGGUGAAAGGCCAACAAAUGCUUUGAUUUCUGCGGCAGCUUCUGCCAAGCUUUGUGUCGCUGAGUCUUUGUUAAAUCUGUUUGCUGCUGAUGUGAAGUCUCUAAAGCAUAUCAAAUUAUCUGCAAACUGGAUGUCUCCGGCCUCGCAUCAAGGUGAAGGAUCUAAGCUUUAUGAAGCCGUUCAAGCUAUUGGUAUGGACCUAUGUCCUGAUUUGGAUAUCUCUAUCCCCGUUGGCAAGGACUCGAUGUCUAUGAAAAUGAAAUGGGGAGAAAAUGAGGUAACCGCGCCUUUGACUUUGAACAUUACUGCUUUCGGUCCCGUCAAUGAUACAUCCAAAACUUGGACUCCGGUUUUAAAGAAAAAAGACGGCACUGUUUUAGUUCUUGUUGAUAUGGCAGCCAAGGAAGCGAAUCACUCUCUUGGAGGUUCAGCCCUCUUACAAGUUUACAACCAAGUCGGUAACACUUCGCCUACAGUUCAUAACAACAAAAUUUUUAAGGGCCUCUUGGAAUCGCUGCUGAUGCUUCAUCAAACAAAUCUUGUGUAUUCCUAUCACGAUAGAUCAGAUGGCGGUCUAUUUGUCACUUUGUUAGAAAUGGCAUUUGCUUCCAGAUGCGGUAUUGACAUGGUCUUGGACCAGAACACUGACGUCUACACUCCAUUGUUUAAUGAAGAGUUAGGCUGCGUUUUCCAAAUCUCCGAAAACUCGCUCCCAGAGUUUGUGGAGAUAUUCGCCAAGCACGGCGUUUCUUCAGACCACAUAUCUAUCGUGGGAAGACCUAACCUCAAAUCUCAAGUUGUGACUAUAAGAGAUAAAUCUGGUCUUGUGAAAUACAAAAACACCAGGGCUUCGCUACAGAAAACAUGGGCUGCUACAUCGUAUCAAAUUCAAAAGAGGAGAGACAAUCCCCAAGCUGCUGAUCAAGAGUUCUCCAAUAUUCUAGAUGAUAAGGACCCUGGCUUGCACUACUCUCUAGCAUAUGAUCCUACUGAUGAUUUGAAGGUGACUCAGUUGGCUGCUAUCUCAAGGCCAAAGGUCGCCAUUUUGAGGGAACAAGGUGUGAAUGGUCAAAUGGAAAUGGCCUGGUGUUUUCAACAAGCCGGAUUUACUGCAAUUGACGUUACUAUGACAGAUCUAUUGGAAGGAAGAUUUGAGUUAGAUGAUUUUGUCGGUAUUGCUGCUUGUGGUGGGUUUUCCUAUGGUGAUGUGCUGGGAGCAGGCGCCGGUUGGGCCAAAUCUGUCCUAUAUCACGAAGGUGUACGUGAACAGUUCGUCAGAUUUUUCAAUGAAAGAUCAGACACAUUUGCCUUUGGUGCUUGCAAUGGUUGCCAAUUCUUGAGCAGAUUAAAAGACAUCAUCCCAGGAUGUGAGAAUUGGCCAAGCUUUGAAAGAAACUCAAGCGAACAAUACGAAGCUCGUGUUUGUAUGGUAGAAGUAACCCAAGAUGACGGUUGCAAAAAUGAAAGUGUGUUCUUUAACGGUAUGAUUGGAUCGAGCCUACCAAUUGCUGUUGCUCAUGGUGAAGGUAGAGCAGCUUUCAAAUCUAAACGCGAGACGGAUGACUUUGAAGGCCAAGGACUCUGCAGCGUCAGAUACAUUGACAAUUACGGAAAUGUCACCAACAAAUACCCUUUCAACCCUAAUGGUGCCACUAAUAGUAUAGCUGGUGUUAGAUCUCCAAACGGUAGAGUCUUGGCGAUGAUGCCCCAUCCAGAAAGAGUAUGCAGAUUGGAGGCCAAUUCUUGGUACCCUGAAGAGAAGUACGACGAGUGGCAAGGAUACGGACCUUGGAUCAGAAUGUUUAGAUCUGCUAGGAAAUGGGUUGGUUGA